AUGGCAUCGUUCGACUCUUUUGAGGAUCAAUCACAUCAAUCACCAACAAAAGGACCCUUUGAAGAUGACACCAACUACACAGGCAUGGGCAUGGAAUACGAGUCUCAACAUUACGGUUACGAUGACCAACACUCUCAAAUCAAUGCAGAUCCAAAUAACAAUAAUAAUUUCAUGGAUAACCCACAAUCUCCUUCUGUUUAUGGAUUCGGAGUUUCCACCCCCAACCCCGACUAUGUUUCCCCCUUUGAAUCUGCUCCUAUUGAUGACACAACCUUCACCUCUAAUGGACCACUCCUCCCCGAUCCAUCUAAAAUGCAAGAGGAAGGAAAUGCUAGACGUGAAUGGCGACGUUUAAAUGCCAUUCAUCUUGAGGAAAAAGAGAAAAAAGAGAAGGAGAUGAGAAAUCAGAUUAUAAAGGAAGCUGAAGAGUUUAAAGAAUCUUUUUAUGAGAAAAAAAAACUCGACUGUGAGACUAACAAAAAGAACAAUAGGGAAAGAGAAAAGAUACACUUGACCAACCAAGAAAAAUUUCACAAAGAAGCUCACAAACAUUACUGGAAAGCAAUAGCUGAUAUCAUUCCUCGAGAGGUCCCUAAUAUUGAGAAGAGAAGAGGAAAGAAAGAAGCUGAGAAUAAUAAGCCUUCAGUUCAUGUUAUUCAGGGUCCAAAGCCAGGAAAACCUACUGAUCUUGCAAGAAUGCGACAAAUGAUUUUGAAGCUAAAACAAAAUCCUCCUUCUCACAUGAUGCCUCCUCCACCCAAAGGAGAAAAGGAUGCAAAAGAUGACAAAGAUAAGAAAGAUGCAAAGGAGGGGAAGGACGAUAAAGGUAAAGAGGGGAAGGAUAAUAAAGGUGUUAGAGGAAAUAAACCUACUUCACCUGCAAAAGAUGUUACUGCUAAUGGUGACCCACAAGAUCCUGGUGUAGUUGAAGGUGAGCAAGUAGGUAGAUCUGAAUCAACGACAGCUUAA